UCGCCAUAUUGAAAACUGCAUUGUCAUUUCACAUUGAAGGAACUAAAUUUUUUUCUUUCCUUAAGAUGGACAGAAUAUUACGGUUAGGAUCUGGUGGUAUUCCUGGGGUCGGGCAGGCUCCUCCAAGUGAUGCACCAGUUGUUGACACUGCAGAACAAGUUUAUAUCUCUUCACUAGCUCUUCUUAAGAUGUUAAAACAUGGCAGAGCAGGUGUUCCAAUGGAAGUUAUGGGUCUAAUGUUGGGAGAAUUUGUGGAUGACUACACUGUGCGAGUGAUUGAUGUGUUUGCCAUGCCGCAAAGUGGAACAGGUGUGAGUGUGGAGGCUGUUGAUCCUGUUUUUCAAGCUAAGAUGUUGGACAUGUUGAAGCAAACUGGCAGGCCAGAAAUGGUGGUUGGCUGGUACCACUCUCAUCCAGGCUUUGGCUGUUGGCUCUCAGGAGUUGAUAUCAACACUCAACAGAGUUUUGAAGCACUCUCUGAAAGAGCUGUUGCAGUUGUUGUCGAUCCCAUUCAGAGUGUAAAAGGAAAGGUUGUUAUAGAUGCAUUCCGUCUCAUUAAUCCGAACAUGAUGGUCCUUGGUCAGGAGUCGCGACAGACGACCUCAAAUCUUGGACAUUUACAGAAGCCUUCAAUACAGGCUCUGAUACAUGGUCUGAACAGACAUUACUACUCAAUCUCUAUUAACUACAAAAAGAAUGAACUCGAACAAAAGAUGUUGUUGAAUCUGCACAAGAAGACAUGGAUGGACGGUUUAACUUUGCAAGAUUAUGACGACCAUUGCGCAUUGAAUCAGAAAACAGUUAAAGAAAUGUUGGAGCUUGUCAAGAGUUACCACAAGGCUGUAGAGGAGGAAGACAGUAUGACUCCAGAACAACGGGCCAUAAAAAAUGUCGGAAAACAGGAUCCCAAGCGGCAUCUGGAAGAGAGCGUAGAAGUGAUGAUGACGUCAGACAUCGUCCAGUGCCUCGGCGCCAUGCUCAACUCGGUCGUCUUCUAAAGUUUUAGAACCAAUCUGUGCUCUUGUAUAAUAAUUAAACUAAAGCAAGAAUGUA